UAUAAUCUGUAAUCAGAGAAAAAAAAAAAAUAAAUAAUUGAAUUAAUAAAUCAGUACCUACACAGUGGAUUUAUUAAUAUUAGAACGUAGUCUAGAUUCAGUCUGAAUGAAUAAUAUUCAAAUAACAUAUUUAUUAAAUUUUAUGUAAAAUUAAUAUUACAAAAAAAAAAAAAUGUUUAAAAUGAAAUUACAAAAUAUAUUUUUUAUUUUCAUAUUAAUUUCUAUAAAAACAAUUUUAGCCAAUAACGAUGAAAGUGAUUCAACUUCAGACGAAGAUCAUUCGGAUUUAGAUGAUUAUAAUACACGUGUAAGUGAAAAUCGUUUAGCAGCUCAAAUGUUUUCUGCUUUAGAACAUUAUAAACAAGAAGAUCCUGUUGGAUUUCCUAAUGCUCCGAUAGCAGAUCCAAUGGAUAUUCCCGAUAUAAAAAAAUCACUUGGUAUGGCAGUAUUGAAUAUGAAACAAGUUAAAGCAUAUGGAUUAUCAAAAUUUCGUGUUAAACAUGUUAAUGUUGAUUUAAAUAAAUUAAAGGCUGGUGUAAUUGUUCAACUUGAUAAUUUGAAUGUACUUGGACGUUAUACUUUAAGUUCAUUUCUAUCAAAAGCUGAAGGACCAUUUACAGUUGUUUUAAAAAAUGUUAUUGUUUCUGGUAAUGCAUCAUUAGAAGUAAGAUUGGAUGGUAAAUUGGCAACAGAAAAAACGAAUAUUGAUAUUACAUUUUCUGAUAUGACAAUGGAUUUUCAAAAUUUAGGUUUUCUUGGUGCUGUAUUUCAAAGUAUAAUUAAUUCGGCACCAAAUUUAGUUUUUGAUUCAAUGAAACCAUUUAUGAUUAAAGAAGCUGAUACAAAAAUUAGAAAUGAAAUCGAUACAAAUAUUGAAAAAUCAUUAGGUGAUUAUCGUUUUCCAAAUUCAAUUUCACCAUUAGAUAUGGCAAUUGCUGAAGGUAGAAGAAAAGUACGUGAUAUGGGAUAUGAUCCAUUUGAUGUAACUGAUUAUAAUCGUACUGUUGGAAUAUUUUCGGUUAAAAUGUCAAAAACUUGGAUAACUGGUGUUUCAUCAUUUUAUAGAGUUGGAGAUGUUGUAUUAAAAAUGGAUAAUAAUACAGUAUCAACAAGAGUACAAGUGGGUACACAAGCAAUUAAAGGUGCAUCUCAAUGGGAAAUUAGUGUUGGACAUGGUAUGAUAACAAGAAUUGGACAUGUACAUUUUACAGUUCAACAUAUUCGUGUAACAUUAGAAUUAAGUCAACCACUUGAUACAAGAAAACGACCAAUAAUUAAUGAUUUGCAAAUUGAUUUAGGAAAUAUUCAAGUACGUUGUGAUGGUGCUGGUACAUUUGAUUAUGUUAUGGAAUUUCUUGUUAAUGUUUUACCAAAUAUUUUACGCUAUCAAAUAAUGGAUGCUAUAGAAAACCCAAUUAAAAUGAGACUUCAAGAGAAGCUCAAUCAAAUUGAUGUUGAAAGAGCAAUUAAAGAAAAUUUAUAUAAAUUCGAAAAAAUGGGAGGUGAUUUUCGAUUUGAUUUUAAAUUUUAAGAUUUUAAUUCUUUUAAAUCAAUUUUCAAUAAAGAAAUAUAAAUUCAAAUUUUUAUAAAUAAUUGGUCAUACAUUUUAAAGCCAAAAAUUUUUAGUUAAAAUUUAUUAUUAAUUUGAGAGAAUUUUCAAAAUUUAGAUACUAUAAUUGAAGAAUUUUUAGAUUUUAAUGAAGAAGGGACCUUCAAAGACCAAAGUCUAGCCAUAUAAAUUAAAAUUUGUUUCCCUUAAUAUGGAGUAAUAAAAGGAGCACAAUAAAAUAGAUUUAUAAAAUUAUUAUACGUAUAACGUAUA